GGCGAGACUACCAGGUGUCAGCAGAGAAACAUACUGUCGAUAUUGUAUCUUCUAAAGUGCCAAUAGUUAUCCAGUAGCUCUAGCACUUAAGCGAUAAUCAUUAUGGCGACUUUGACACAUCCGGAAUGGAAUCAAGAAACUGGAGGGUUGGAGGUUGCAAAAGCGUUUGCUGACAAGAUUCGUGGAAAGAAUGUGCUCAUUACCGGCGUAUCUCCCGAAAGUAUUGGUUCUGCAAUCGCCCUUGCCAUUGCUUCUCAAGCACCCGCCCUCUUGAUACUCGCCUCGCGCACCGAAUCUAAGCUCGAGGAAGUACGCAAGACGAUUCAAGAUGCCUACCCUGAAGUCGUGACCAAGAUCGUGAUCCUAGACUUGAUGUCCCAAGACUCCGUGAGAACAGCUGCGACAAGCAUCUCACAGUUGACGGAUCGUUUGGACCUCAUGAUCAAUAACGCGGCCUUGAUGACCCAGAACCGCGAGACCUCCAAGGAAGGCAUCGAAGGCCAGUUUGCUAUCUGCCAUAUUGGCCACUUUCUGCUCACCAACCUUCUCUUGCCCCAGCUGCUGAAGUCCGCUGCAUCGUCUACUCUAGGAGCAACACGCGUUGUCAAUCUCACAUCACUUGGCCACCGUCUGAGUCCUGUACGCUUCUCAGACUACAAUCUAGAGAAAAGCAACGAUGAGGUGCCAGAAGAGGAGCGACACCCGCCACUGCCUUCCAUAUUUGCCCAGGCUGUUGGAUCCACCAAAUACAAUGGUAUGAUAGCAUAUGGGCAGGCGAAAACUGCAAACAUUUUGUUCUCUGUGGGUAUAAAUGAGAAGCUUGGGAGCAAGGGAGUUAGAAGUUAUGCUGUUCACCCCGGAUCAAUAUGGACUGGCCUCGGUCGCAAUCUGGAUCAAAAGGCCAUAGAUGCAAUUGGAAAGACAAGUGCUUUUUGGAAGAACCAUGAUCAAGGUGCUGCAACCGUAUUGGUCGCAGCGCUGGAUCCAGCUUUGGACGAUCCAAAAGGUAUCUUGCUCCACGACUGCCAAAUGUGCGACGCAAUGCCGUUUGCCACUAAUGUAAAAUUUGCCGAAAAGUUGUGGACUUUGAGCGAGAAGCUUGUGCGAACAAAUUUCAAAUUAUGA